CGCGCGCACACAUUCACACUCACUCACUCACACACACACGCACGCACACACUCAGGCCAGAGGCAAACUGACACUUGCGGAGCGGCGAGAGAUAGCGAGCGAGGAACGACUGUUGGGCUGUCCGGUGAAACAAUCCCGCCAUGCGUGAAUACAAGCUAGUGGUGUUAGGCUCUGGAGGUGUGGGCAAGUCUGCUCUGACAGUUCAGUUUGUACAGGGAAUCUUUGUGGAAAAAUAUGACCCGACAAUAGAAGACUCGUACAGAAAGCAAGUGGAGGUAGAUGGGCAGCAAUGUAUGCUUGAAAUUCUUGACACAGCAGGCACAGAACAGUUUACAGCAAUGAGGGACUUGUACAUGAAGAAUGGCCAAGGGUUCGCCCUGGUUUACUCCAUCACAGCACAGUCAACCUUCAACGACCUCCAGGACCUGAGAGAACAGAUUCUACGAGUAAAGGACACAGAGGAUGUGCCGAUGAUUCUGGUGGGGAACAAAUGUGACUUGGAGGACGAGCGUGUUGUGGGGAAGGAGCAGGGCCAGAACCUGGCCAGACAGUGGAACCACUGUGCCUUUUUAGAGUCCUCUGCUAAGUCAAAGAUCAACGUCCUCGAUAUCUUCUAUGACCUGGUCAGACAGAUAAAUAGGAAAACGCCAGUGGAAAAGAAGAAGGCGAAAAAGAAAUCCAACUGUGUCCUGCUUUAAAGACCCUCCAGCCCCUGCAGCAGCUCUGAGCCAGGUGUGUAAAUGCUGUAAUGAAGAACUGUUGCCCUGAUUGGAACGUGCCAGCAUUCCAACAGCCCCGAUCUUACCUACUCCUCCGCCCGCCCACCCUUUUCCUCCCAUCAGCCAUAAACGGUGAAUCAGCUGACUGAACCGCUCCUAUCAAAGACGAGGAUGAUCUACACGAGAGAGAGAGAGAGAGAGAGAUGAAGAGAAUAAAGAGAGAGGGAAAGAAAGACAGUAUGAGAGAGAAGACUGUUGUCUCUCGCCUUUGAGGACCUUCCUCUGUGUCUCAGUUUCAGUGAACCCUGAACGGACAGUCUCCAUUUCUGCACCAACAAAAAAAACCCCACCACAAACUGAUGAUGAUGAUGAUGAUGAUGAUAAGAUUGCAGCAAAGCCUCUGAAAGUAUAAAAAAAAAGGUGUCCAUGAGCUGCCUACAUGGCCAGAGAGCAGCCCCAUUUUUUUAAUUUUUUUUUUGGUUUUUUUUGUUGACAGUUUAAUAAUAAAAAAAAAAGAAAUAACAGCGUUACAGAAGGAAAAACAAUGUUAGGAACUUGGAUUCAGUAUUUUUCAUCUUUUUCAAUAUUGUAUUUGAAAGACAUGGAAGUCGACCUCUUUUUAGUUGUGCGAUUCUAAAUAUUCUUCAAAAACAGCAUGAAAAAAAUGCAUCAGUUAUUAAGUGUAGAUGUUUUCAAGUAAAAUCAAGUGGAAAAGUGAGAAUUUCUUUUUAUAGCCAUACACCUAUUGUCCCUGCUUGUCAUGUCAGUGAUGAUAGAUCCAGGUCUAUAAUAUGUAUUAUUAUUUUUAUUACAGUUUUUUUUUUUCUUUGUUUGCCCUGUUGUUCAUGGACUUCUCUUCUGCAGAUAUCUCUCUUUGAUGUGACUUAAUUUUAUACUCAGUCACUGGGAUUUCAUAGCUCCCAUAAUAUAUUCUAAUGCCAUUUUUUGCAUAAUAAUGCUUCAGAAAAAAAAUGGGCCUUUUUAUAGAAGAAAUACGGGGAAAAAUAAGGAUUGAUUUCUAUGUCUCUUGAAGCUGAAAUAUAUUAUACUAAACCAACUCUAAUAAUGCUUCCUGUGUUUUUCUGUCGAUGUUCCAGCCUUUAUGGAUUAUUAAAGUACAUUUUAGUACGUUUUCAUUAUAUUGGUCAAUGUAUUUUUGUGAAUUAAACUGUUAUCCAAAGCAGAUUUGACUGAUUUGAGAAGAGUGGAAUUAAAAAUGUGUUUUUUACACAGGUUGCAAAGUGAACUGGGACAUUUUGUCAGCUCAAGUUUAUUUAAUUGAUAUUGAUUCUACUGUAUACAGUGACACAUGUCUGGUCAUGUUUCAAUAGAUGUGAAACAACAGGACAGUUACUGUUUGUAGUGUGACUUAUGUUAAAUACAGUUGAGGACAUGAAAAUGUCAUUGUUUUAAAAGUAUUUCCCUAGUGUUGUUAAACAGAGCAAAACUUCCAUGAUUUUACUUCCACAAAAAACAAAAAUGACCAUGCCCCCGUAAGAACUGACCUUUUCAUCGAGCCAUAGCACAAACCACUGUUGUGCAGUGGUUGUAAUGUACAAAACUUUUAAAAUCAAGUUAAAAUGCCCAGUAUAGAAUCUUCAGUAAGAGUUUGCGUUGUCACGAGAAAAAGGAUUGUUGAUGCCCACAAAGGAGAAGGAUAUACAAAGUUAUCACAGCGCGGUCACAGUGUAAGAACUGGAGUAUUUGGAGUAGUAGUUGAUUUUUGUGGAAUAAUUCAAAUGAAUAAAUGAUCCAAAAUAAAACUAGAAUGUUUUUGAAAAAAAACAAACCGUGCUAAUAAUUAUUUGUUUGUUUAACAGCGUAAAUACUUUGGAAACAGUGAAAUUUGUCCUCAACUGUACUAUGUUUUGCUAUACUUUUAAAUUCCACUAGGGGUCAGUAUGUGAACAGAAAUGUUUUGCACAUCCUGUGGGAAGUUGUCACACUGAAUCAAAGCCCCAGCAGUAAAUUACAUAAUGUGGCUCAAUGGGGCAAUAACUCACAAUUCAUUUAUGUACAGAGCAUUUUUUUUAAUGAUUGUUCUUCAAUGAGAGUUUUAUCAUCACCUUAAAUUCUAUAUUGAAAAACACGCACGUCCUAUAGGUGUUCUAUACUUUACAGUAUAAACCGAAGCUUGAGAUUUCAGUCACAUUUAAAGCAAGAAAUGAUGCAACGUUCACAUCAUCAUUCAUUCAUUCAUUCAUUCACUCAUUAUGUCACGUUUAUCUUUUAAAGGGUAGCAGGAGGAGCUGGAGCCAAUCCCAGCUGACGUUAGGUGACAGCUGUGAUACAACUCUGGACAGUUUGUAAGCCGUAGUAUCAGAGCAUUUGACAGAGGUGCACAAGUGUUUUAGAGUUUGUUAUUUGUAACAUGUUUUGCCCUUUUUUAAAUGUUGCAAUUUAUAAGUUUCUUACGACGAUGUUGAGAUGUUGUGAUCUGUGUUAUGCAGUCAAAAAUAUUAAUGUAGGUUGAAGUAUAAUAUACAUCACAGGACUACAAAUGACUUUCAGUUUCCUUCAUUAAUAGUUUGGUUUAUAAAAUAAAAACUGAAAAAGGUUUUGAACUCA